AUGUCUGGAAUCGGACUGUCCAAAACAGUCGAAGUGCUCAAGUCGCACGUCCUUUCCCAACUCGAUUUGAGAAGGGAGCGACCGUUGUUCGUCGCUUUGCAGGGACCACAGGGGUCAGGGAAAUCAUGGGUGUCCGGGGAACUGCAGAAGGAGCUAGGGAAGGGGACAGAUGCUCUACGAGUCGUGGUGCUUUCUAUCGACGAUCUUUAUCUCCCUCACAGCGGCUUAGUUUCUUUCGCGAACAGCCACACUCAUAACCGCCUGCUCCAGGGCCGUGGACAACCCGGCACUCAUGACAUCGGCCUUGGAAUCGAGAUUCUGUCGGGUCUGAAGGUCGGACGCGACAAGGUUCGCCUACCUCGCUUCGACAAGAGUCGGUUCAAUGGAGAAGGAGACCGGGUCCCUGUCGAGGAUAGUCCUGUAGUCGAGCAGCCUCCUCGGGUUGACGUCGUCAUUGUGGAAGGCUGGUGUGUCGGAUUCCGGUCCUUAUCCGACCAGGAGCUAUCUGCGAGGUGGGAGACAUGGGAGCAGGAGAGGACGAAGUUGGAAAUACCAGAAGAACUCUGCACUCUACGAGACAUCCAGGAGAUUAAUGAGAGCUUGAAGCAGUACGACGCGCUCUGGGAUUUCUUUGACGUCUUCGUCCAGGCAGGUCUGGGCCUCCCUCCUUCCGCCGCGGAGGGCAGAUCACGCUAUAGCAUCAUCUACCAAUGGCGCCUUGAGCAAGAACACUAUAUGAAGGCAAAGAAUGGCGGUAUUGGGAUGUCUGACCAAGCAGUCAAAGCGUUCGUGGACGUUACAUACCUGGGUAUGUCUUCUUUGCGGCGCUGGAAGCAGCUCGAGCGGCGCGAAGAACACGCCCAACCUUAUCUUAAUCCUUGA